CAAGGAAACCCUUGGUGAUAGUCGAAUCCUUCUGGUGCAGUUCAGCUCGUCACGAUGGUUAAUGUGAAAUUUCUUCUUGGUGCUAUACUGCUGGUUCUCACCGGUAGCAACGUGAUUGUUGAGGCAGCACCUCAGUUUGAUCUGAUGGGCGGCUACGACUUCCUGGGAGUUUGCAUCAACAAUUGUGCCCAGUGCAAGAAGAUGUACGGUGCCUAUUUCGAGGGACAACUGUGUGCGGACUCGUGCAUCAAGUUCCGGGGAAAAAUUAUGCCGGAUUGCGAGGAUAUCGGCUCGAUUGCUCCCUUUAUCAACAAACUGGAUUUGCACUGAGCAAUUUGGUCAAUGAAAUGCUAGAAGAUACGGUAAUAAACACGCUGCGAUUGGAUCAAAA